CAAAAAAGAAUUAAAGAGAAUAUCAAUAUGAGUAAUGUAUGAGAGAGAGAGAGAGAAUUAAAUAAUGGAAGCAUUGGACUAAGCUCUACAAGACUCUAAAGCUUGAAGCUUUGCUUUGCUUUGCUUUGCCACUUCUUCUAUUUCACUGCUUACAGUAAUAAUAACCUUCACCCAUACAUACAUACAUACAUACUCCUUUUUUAUGGUUUUUUUUUUCUCUCAUGGCCAAUGUAGGAGUGUGAAAUCUAGUGAACCAGUUAAGAUUAUCUUUUAUGCUUAAAAAGAACAAGAAGACAGAUAUAUAGAAUAUGUAUAAGAAUCAACUGCAGGAGCUAGCACAGAGAAGCUGUUUCAAUCUACCUUCCUAUGCUUGCAUCAGACAAGGCCUUGAUCAUGCACCAAGAUUCAAAGCUUCUGUUAAUUUCAAUGGUGAGAUCUUUGAAAGCCCAAACUAUUGUCCCACUUUAAGACAAGCUGAACAUGCUGCUGCUGAAGUAGCCCUUAAUGUCUUGUCCACUAGGGGACCUUCAAGGUCUCUUACUGCAAGAGUUCUUGAUGAGACUGGUAUUUACAAGAAUCUUCUUCAAGAAACUGCUCAUAGAGCUGGGUUGAGGCUCCCUGUGUACACAACUGUCAGAUCAGGUCCUGGCCAUGUACCAACUUUUACUUGUACUGUUGAGCUUGCUGGUAUGAAUUUCACAGGUGAAUCUGCUAAAACCAAGAAGCAAGCUGAGAAGAAUGCUGCUAUUGCAGCCUGGUCUGCUUUGAACCAAAUGCCAAAGUUGGGUUCUUUGACAACCAAACAAGAUAAUCAUGAAGAACAAGCAAAUGUGACUGAAGUUCUCUCAAGUUUUAGACCCAAAGAUGAUGGAAAACAAGUUAGGAGGAGAGAUCCAAACCCACCACCUAAGAAAAUCUUUAGAGGUCAUCAUAGAGACAACAAUAUUGGCUCUUCAUCAUCAUUACCAUCAAGCUCAAAUAUUUCUUCCCAAGAUGAAAAAUUGAAGCUAAUGGAGAUGAUAAUGGAGUUGAGUCAAGAAGAUUCAAUACUCAAAUAUAACACCUUUACUUCUCUUCUUCCUCCACCCCCACCAAGAACAGUUUCUAAGAUCUUACCUCCAUCAAUUAGGCCAAUCCCAGUUCAAGUAAGAAGCAGAUUAUCACCACAUUUGAUUCAAACUUCAUUGGAAGACCACCAUAAGAAAGAUGAGGAACAAUGGCUUGGUAAAAAACCAAGUGUUAUUGUUAAACCAUGUCAUUAUCCUCUGUCAUCAAAUCUGAAUGCUUAUACUACAACAACAUCACCAUCAUCAUCAGGUAUUAAGUCCAGUCAUCUAUCAAGAACCAUGUUCAGUGAUCAAUCUCAUCCACACAAAAUAGCCCCAGCAGUUCAAAUAAGGUCAGUGAUACCAGUCUGUGCAGCAGCACCAGUAACACACUCAGCUACUACUAAACCAAGAGCAGAAGAGGUCUCAUCAUCAUCAUCAGUUACUACUACUACUACUACUACUACUUCUAAGUUCAAUAAACCACAGUUUAGUAUGCUUGGUUCUGAUUUCAAAAAGUUACAAUUAUGAGAUUAUAUAAUCUAAAAAACAACUCCAUAAUAAGAAAAUUUCUUCAUGGUUUGGUUUUUUGUUUU